AUGCCACAUUUCCUGCAUUACACCUUUAUCGAAUAUUUUGGCGCGUGCUGGCUGUUGGAAAACCAAGAGAAAGGGUCCGAGGUUGCAAAGGAGGUGUGGCUUCGCCUCCUGAACCGCGAUGUGGGCGUGGGGGUGAGGCACAUCCUGGAGCACAUGCUGUCGGACGGCCUCCCGCUGCACCGGGCCGUGCUGGAGGGCAGCGAGGGCGCGCUGGAGGCGGCGCUGGAGGCUGGAGGCGACGCCGACGAGAGCGACCGCUUCGGCCGCACGGCGCUGGUGCAGGCGGCGUCGCUGGGCCGCGCCGACGCCGUGGGCGCGCUGCUCGCCAAUGGCUGCGACCCCGGGCGCAGGGACGCGCUGCUGGGCUGGACGGCGCUGCGCUACGCCAGUGCCUGCGGCCACCUCGAGGCGGCGGAGCGACUGCUGCGAGGGGGCGCCGACCCCGACCACUUCGUCACUCACAACGUCGACAUCCGAGAUCUUGUGUUGAAAGCGGCAGAGCAAGGUUGGCCAGCAAUAAUGGAAUUAAUAUUGAAGAAAAAAGGGAAAUAUAAAGACAUACGAUUCGAAAGAAGAAAAACACCUAUAAUGAUAGCUGCAAUAAAUGGACACAGGUCUACUGUACAGAUUUUAUUAAAGUAUGGUGCGAGUGUAUCAAAGAAAGACUUUUCUAACAGACAACCCAUUCACUAUGCAGUCAGUGGCAGAAACAUUCAGAUAACAGAACUCCUCCUGAAAAGAAGAGCUGACCCUAAUGCUAGAGACGAACACGGCAAAACCCCGCUAUUGAUAGCUGCACAGGCGGGUCAUACUCAAUCAAUGGAGCUUCUCUUAGACAAUGGCGCAGACGUCAGUCAAAAGAACGAGUUCCAAUCGACAGCGCUCCAUUUCGCCACACAGUGGCGUCAUCACCACAUUGUAAAGCUCCUCCUCGAAAGGAAAGCUGAUCCUAAUGCCGAAGUCCAAAGUGGCUACACUCCGCUAAUGAUGGCAGCGCGAGCUGGAGAUGCACAAUCCAUGGAGCUCCUUUUAGAACAUGGCGCCGAUGUCAGUCAAAGCGACGAGAACCAUUGCACAGCCCUUCACUUCGCAACUAUGUCGCGCAAACACCCAAUUACGAAGCUCCUCCUCGAAAGAAAAGAUGAUCCUAAUGCAGUAGACAAGGAAGGCGAAUCUCCUCUCAUGGCGGCAGCAGUGGGGGAUGAUUCGCAAUCCACGAAGCUCCUCUUAGAACAUGGCGCCGAUGUCAAUCAGACGAAUAACCGCGAUAGGACCGCGCUCCAUUACGCUACCAAAAGGGGUCAUCACAAGAUUACGAAGCUCCUCCUUGAAAACAAAGCUGAUCCUAAUGCAGUAGACAAACAGAGCGAUACUCCGCUAAUGAUGGCAGCAUGGGCAGGUGAUGCGCAAUCCACGGUGCUCCUCUUAAUACAUGGUGCCGUUGUCAAUCAAAGGAAUAAACACGUCAGGUCAGCGCUCCAUUUCGCUACUGAACGCGGUCAUCACAAUAUUACGCAGCUCCUCCUCGAAAGCAAAGCUGAUCCUAAUGCAGUAGACAAACAGUGCGAAACUCCGCUAAUGGCGGCGGUUGUGGGUAAUGAUGCGCAAUCCACGGAGCUCCUCUUAAAGCAUGGCGCCGUUGUAAAUCAAAGGAAUAAACGCAACAGGACAGCACUCCAUUACGCCUCUAAAAGCGGUCAUCAUAAGAUUACGAAGCUCCUCCUCGAAAGCAAAGCUGAUCCUAACGCAGUAGACUUAAUGGGCGUAACUCCGCUAAUGAUGUCAGUUUGGGCGGAUGGAACGCAAUCAACAGAGCUCCUCUUGAAACACGAUGCCAUCGUCAGUCAAAUGAACGUGUACGACUGGACAGCGCUCCAUUACGCUACUAGAAGCGGUCAUCAUAAGAUUACGAGGCUCCUCCUCGAAAGCAAAGCUGAUCCUAAUGCAGUAGACAAACAGGGCGAAACUCCUCUAAUGGCGGCAGCAGUGGGAAAUGAUACGCCAUCCACGAAACUCCUCUUAGAACAUGGCGCCGACGUCAGCCAAAGUAACAGGAACCUCUGGACAGCGCUCCAUUACGCGACUAAGUGGCGCCGUCACCGUAUUAUGAAGCUCCUUCUCGAAAGCAAAGCUGAUCCUAACGCAGAAGACGACGACGGUAUAACCCCGCUAAUGAUGGCAGAAAGGGCGGGUGAUGCGCAGUCCACGGGGCUGCUUUUAGAACAUGGCGCCGACGUCAGUCCCAGCAAUAAGCGCAAUCGUACUGCACUUCAAAGACGUGGCUGCUUAUAG